GGCAUAAGCCCGUGAGGAAAUAGGACCGACUCGCAGAACCGUACAGUAUCGUACCCAAUAGCAUUUCUUCUUCCCCAAACAAAACUAAACAACAAAGAUCAGCAACACCUCUUCUUCACAAAUUCUCUGCUCAAUUACGAAUUACCUAUACACACUGUACAUAUUCUAUAUUCUAGGGUCUUUGGGGCAAUAAGCAAAAACCCUAAGAAAUGAAAAUGUUGCUUGAACUUCCUCGCUUAACCAAUUCUCUUCGACUCCCAUUCGACGCCGAUCAAGCUUAUCUGCAACGAAGAUUGUUCCUUCAAAGUCUUAAGUUAAAUAGUUCGGUGGCUUCAGUUGAAGAAUCAGAACUUGCUCGAAAGGUCGUUUAUGGAUGGGAUAAAGCUUCUGCUGAGGUACGGCAGGCGUACAAACAAUUUAUUGGAGCAGUGGUUGAGUUGAUGGGCGGUGAAGUGGUGUCAGAGGAGUUCCGUGAAGUGGCUUUACGUGUUUAUAGGCUAUUUAGUGCAGCUGAUGAGGAUGACGAGGAUGUAGAUAAUAAGAGGAUUUUUGAGAAGAAGUAAGGCAUUCAAUUUUUACUUCUGUUGACUGAAAAUUUCAAAAUAUUAUUUUUGGACUGUCAUG